ACUAUACAUAUAAUGAUCUACGAAUAUAUCACUUACCUCUCACUAAAGCUUAUACUACCAAGAAUUCAACCUUGAACUUCACUAUCACCGGAACCCUCACAACCACCAUGACCGACGACAAGGACUGCGGCAACCACCAAGGUAACAGAUGGUGGAAACUACUCAACCGCCAUACAAAGGUCAUAAUAAUAUCCUCUCUAAUCUUCCUAUCCAUAAUCCUCUUUGUAAUCCUUCUCAUUUUCCUUAUCCUCCGCCCCUCUAAACCUUGUUUCACCCUCCAAGAUGUUAACCUUUACACCUUUAACCUCACCACAACCCUCACCUCCUACCUCCAAAUCACCAUCUCCUCCCGCAACCCUAAUCUUCGCAUCGGAAUUGAGUACGACAAAGUUGACGUUUACGCCUCCUACAGGAACCAACAAAUCACACUACCGACACGGCUUCCUCCAACGUACCAAGGCCACAAGGAGGUGACCGUGUGGUCGCCGUACCUCAACGGAACUGAAGUACCAAUGGCCCCCUACCUUGCAAUGUCGUUGGCCGAAGACGAGACCAGCGGGACGGUGUUGAUUAAUGUUAGAGCUACCGGAAGAGUGAGGUGGAAAGUUGGAACUUUUGUUUCGGGUAGAUACCGGUUGAAUGUAAAUUGUCCGGCAUAUAUUAUGUUUGAGAACAAUAAUGUUGAUGGUUCGGCUGUGAAGUAUCAGUUUGUUGAAGGGUGUCAUGUUGAGGUUUAAGGUUGAGUUGUUUUUGUAACUUUUUAACGCCGUUAGAAUUCGUCAUGCAAAUUUUGAUUUUUGUUGUGUUAUGAAGAAAAGAAUGGAAGGGAAAUCAUGAGGGAGGAAGUAUUGGUGGAGUUUC